AUGUUGAGAUCGGGACGUUAUUUCUGGAGAUCAGUUGGCAGAUGGCGUACUUAUCCACGCUUACUUGACUAUAAAUCAGGAAACAGGCAUUUGGCCAGUGAUGUUUCCAAAGCAGAGCCAAAAAAGGGCAAAUUGUCAGACGAUUCGAUAAUAGAUAGCGGGAACAAAACACAGAAUGUGGAAAAUUCAAGCCUAUCUUUUGCAUAUAGAAGAGAGGGCGAGGUUUUUGGACAGCUGGUUAAUGAAGCUAUAAAUGGAAGAAACCCUUUACAUAAUACGAGAGUGGUAACAAUGGGGGAGGCUGAAAUUGGAGUGGAUCCCAAGUACAAGAACCCGCAAACAGGAGAGAUUCUUGUUGGUGCAACGAGCCGAGAAUCGAGGCUUAAUCCCAAAACAUUAAGGGGAAGAGUCAACCAUACACCAAUUGCUAUUCCAGAGGAUAUAUCGAAGUGUAUCCAGAACAACUUACUAUAUGCAUAUAUUCCAAGCAUGUUGAAGCACAAUGUUGCACAGUACUACCUAUCGUUGGAUGAAAAGCAGCUCCAAAAUCCGGUAAAGACCGAACAGGAAGCUGACGUCAGCAUUGCUGCUACUUUUGCGCAAAACUAUGGAAUAGCAUUUCAAGUGUUGGAUGAGCUUCGAAGGCGUGUUGGAAAAGAGGGUUUCUUUAAUCCGAAGAGUGUUCUCAGUUGCGGAAGCGGGCCUGCAACCGGAAUGUUGGCGUUGAAUGAGCUGAUGGGUGAAAACUUCAACCCUGAGGUGAAGGAUGUUUUGAUUCAUGGUGAUUUUCAUAUGAUGCGAAGAGCAAAGCUUCUUUUGAGCAGGCAAUUGUGUGAGUAUCUUCCGAGAGAUGAAAAUGCAUCUUUGGGGGAGGGAGUUGGGGAUGAGGAAGAUGAGGAAGAUGAGGAAGUUGAGGAAGUUGAGGAAGUUGAGGAAGUUGAGGAAGUUGAGGAAGUUGAGGAAGUUGAGGAAGAAGUUAAAGGAAAAGUUAAAGAAGAGUUCAAAGGAAAAGUUAAAGAAGAAGUUAAGGAAAAAGAUAAAGAUAAAGAAAUUAUGAAUAUUGAAAAAGACGAGAACUCCGAUCAGCGGGAUUAUGUCGGCAAAGUAAAAACAAAAGAUAUCCAUAUCAAGUCGAUCCUCAUGGACAAGUUUAGGCCCAUUUCAAGAAAGUACGACCUCAUUAUAGCUGAAAGAGAGCUUCUCCGUGAUAAGGCGAACUUUCCGCAUGAAAUCGACAGAAACCUCGAUGAAUAUGUUGAGCGGUUGAAUCCUGGCGGUUAUUUGGUGAUUCUCGAAAGAGGAAAUCCUCUAGGAUCAGAGGUUAUUGCCCGGGCAAGACAGCUUAUGCUCAGACCUGAGAAUUUCAAGAAUCACCUGGCCAAAAUUGCCCGGCCUUACAAAAGAUUUUCGGAGACACUUAAGGAGGUAAUUGCCGAAAGUGGCAAGAGUUCAAGGGCCUACCAUAAACUGCUGAAAGAGGUAGGACCCGAGUAUGUGGAGGCUCUUGAGGAAAAGCAGGAGAUUGAACCUGGAGAAGUGCCCGAAGAAGUGCCCGAAAAUUCAGUAAAUCUUGAAGUGGUGGCCCCCUGUCCGCAUUUUGGCAUGUGUCCACUUCAGUAUUCGAAGCCUGAAGUGUUUGGGUUCGGAGGAAUUGGCAAGAAGCUCAAGUUCUGCAGCUUUAUGACACAUGUUCAAAGGCCUAAGUACUUGCUUGAGCUCAAAAGAGGUGCUAAACUUGCCACCAAAUGGACUUCUCCAACCAGCGGAAUCGCAAUUAAAGGUAAAGCGACUCCCGGAGGUGGCCGACCUUUCGGAAGAGACACUGAAAAGGCCAGCUUUGCGUAUUUGAUUGUCAAAAGGUCAGAAAAGAGCGACCGCGAGUUGUUGGAGUCCAGAAACGCUGAAACUGGGGUCAGAAAUAUAGGAUAUAAGGCACAAAGCGUUUCGGAAUGCCCGCGGAUAUUGGCACCACCUAAAAAGAAGAAGCAUUUGGUGAUUAUGGACAUGUGUGCACCUUCAGGACAUAUCGAAAAGUGGCAUGUGCCAAGGUCAGUGGGCAAGGAUGUGUAUCACGAUGCCACAAAGGCCAAGAUGGGCGAUAUAUGGUCUUUGGGCGCUAAAUCGAUCAUCCAAUCCCGUAAGGAGAAUGUUUUCUAUCUUGAAAAGCUAAAUGCCAAGGACCGGAGACUUAGACGGCUCAAAAAGAGAGAUUCCGAAAGACUUGAAAGAAAAAUCAAGAGUGACUAUCGGCAAGCUCUUGAUAUUGAACCUGCUGCCAACGACUUGGGAGCAGCAGUCAGUAAAAUGGCUUCCAUGGAUUCAUACAGUCUUAUAUCAAAGCCAAAAGAGAGAAAGAAGAUUCGUUCAAGCAAGUAA